UUUGGUUGCGCACCGGAAGUGUUGGUGACAUCGAAAGGACGAACUGGCAUGUGUUAGUAGAUGUUAUACGACAACACGUCCUUAUAUUUUACAUGUUGUAGUUCAGGAUUUAUUUAUCAGUACAUGGAAUAAGGAACAUUAUGGCAACACGGGGAUAUCGGUUUAUUCUUCAGCGAGGAGCUCAGCUUUUUUCUUCUCGGUCAGCUGGUGUAAGGCCUGUCCAGUCAGUGGGUGAUGUCAGAACAGUGCACACCUGGCUUGACGAACACCUCACAGAAGACAACCAGAAGUUUAUAAGGAGAAUCACGGCAGAAGAAAACAAACAAGUAACAAAAGAUAGGCUCAAUCCACUCAAAGAUGAGCCCUGGCCGCGACACGAGUGGACGCCGGAAAGUAAAAGAGUUGGGCUAAUUGCUGUCAAGUUGGGGAUGGCUCCUUACUGGACUAAAGAGGGAGAAAGAGGUGUUGUCACAAUGUUACAGGUGCAGGACUGCCACGUGAUAAAGCAUCUGACCAAAGAAGAGUAUGAUGGAAAAACUGCUGCUCUUUUGGUCGGGGGGAAGAACUCAUCGCCGUUCUACAAAUCCGAAAAAGCCAUGGAGAUGUUCAGGAAUGCGGGAGUUCCUCCAAAAGAGAAAAUCACCCACUUUAAAGUGUCUGAUAAUGCCCUCCUCAAACCAGGCACUCCUCUGUAUGCAGCACAUUACCGCCCUGGCCAGUAUAUAGACGUCACAGCCAAAUCCAUCGGUAAGGGUUUCCAAGGUGUAAUGAAGCGAUGGGGAUUCAAAGGUCAGCCUGCCUCUCACGGUCAAACCAAAACUCAUCGCAGACCAGGAUCUAUCGGUCAAGGAGGGGAUCCAGGCAGAGUUUUCAAAGGGACGAAGAUGCCAGGCAAGAUGGGAAACAGAUACGUCACAGCUCUUGGACUGAAGAUAUGGAGGGUGAAUACCAAGUUCAAUGUUCUGUAUGUUCAGGGCUCCGUUCCCGGUCACAGGAACUGUCUCCUGAAGAUACGAGACACUAUACUGCCAAACAGGAAAUCUGCCAUGAGCAACCCUCCUUUCCCCACCUACUUUGUCGAAGAGGAAGGUGAACUGGAUGAAAAUCUGUAUGACGAAGAAUUGUUCGUUCACACGGAGCCGUCGAUCUUGCUGAGCUGAACUCUGUCUCACUUAUUUGGUUAAAGUAAACUGUAUCUGAAUUCUUCAAUAAUAAUAAAAAAUAAUUCCUAAAA